AUGGGUGGACGCCCAAAGAAGCCGAAGUCGACAGGCCGAGUUUACAAGACAGUACCAAAUAUCAAGCAAAGCCGGAUAGGACCUUCUCCCCAUCGUACCAUCAGGGACAGACUUCCAACAUGGUCUGCUCCAAACAUGCGCCAGCAAAGUAUUACGCAGAUGGAUGCUCUGCGAGAUUAUUACCACCCGGAGCUCGAAAAUGAAGAUCUGAAGACAGAUGAUGAAGAGGUGGACAGCUACGUAGCUUCGCCCUCGAGAAACAAAAGGCGGAAGGUCACUCCAGAGAAGUCUCAGGCUCGCAGAAUUGAGACAAGAAGCGCGAAGCGACAAGCUGCUAAGGAGGAUCUUCCAAUUCAAGAACUGGAAAAUCAGGAUGAUCUCCCGUCCGCAGGAGGGGAAGCAAAAGCUCACUUGUUCAAAGACAAAAUGCCCACUGCUAUGCCACCGCCAAAGACUCCAAUGUCUCUGAGGAGGAAGGAGAUCCCCUCGUCACAAUCUCCAGCAGACACACCCCUCUCUACACAAAGCCGUCAAUCUCUACAAGAUUAUACGAGGUCACCACUGAAAGAAAAAUCUACCAAUAUUGAUCUAUCUAUAAGGUCACCUGUAAAGGGAGCUCGAUGGUCGAAGGGAUUAGAGGUGGCAGAUAGCAUGGAAACUGAGGACGAGGAUAGUCCGGUAUCCUUGAAAGUUAGCAUAAUGACCGAACGCGUUGGUCCAACCGCAGAGCCUGAAGACAUCACGGAAGAAGAGCCUCGACUACCUUCCUACGCAUCCGCAAUUCACGUUGAUGACUUCAACCAAAGGCUGAGGGCAGCUCAAAGACCAGUCCAGGAAAUCCAAAACUCAAGUCAAGCAAGGCCCAAACACGAGGUCAUCGAUUCCACAGACGAAGAAGGCGAUGACGAAGAACCUGAGGCCUUCAAUGCUGGCCCAGAAACACAGGCUGCUCUCGCAAGUACGGAUAUUUCCCAAAAGAGUUCGGACCAACCGCCUGAAUCGACGCCUCCUACCUCGAAACCUGCGGAAGACGAGCCUGAGCUGGCCCCCAUUCAGAGAAAUGCUUCUGAAUCGCCAGACCCUCUAAAUGCUCCAUCUCCUCUAGCUAGGGAAAGGAACGUAGAAGACCAGCUUCCGAUGCAGAGACCUAAAAGGGUCGAGUUCGUUGAUCUGACUAGCUCGGACCCUCCAGGACCAACCACACACAUACACCCCAGCGAGCGCCCCUCAGACUCCGAAGGAGUCUCUGCCCAGCUCUUCGCCGACCUCCGUCGCGACACGCAGCCAGGCGGUCUCCAAACCGAAUCUCAAUACGAGAAAGGGUGGACCAUUUACAACCCAGCCGACUACAUGCACUCGAAUCUCGAACCACUUCCCUCCUCCUCCCCCAAGCCCGCCGAGCAGCCCUCAUCCGGCCUCAUGACCGUCCCCACCCAACUAAUCCGCCCACCAAUCUCCAGCCCCCCAAAAUUCUACAAGGCACCCAUUCCAUCCUCCCAGGCAACCACCGCAGACGUCACACAGCCUUCGCCUCGUAACAUGACAUCGUCAGCCCAGGCCGUCACUCAGCGGUCACCGCGAAAAUUGCCCUCGUCAUCUCAAGCGCAUCCAUCAUCGCCACCACCUAUGCCGCCGCCGUCGAGCUCGCCGUUGGCGAGUCGAAAGCUGGAUCCGUGGGCGGGAUAUGAAUGGAACGGAGUCAGGUUGACGGACAGUCAGUUGUUGCCGGAUAGUCUGUUGAACGAUAGCGAAGUCGGACCGCCGGAGCUGAGUCAGGACAGUUGGUUCGAGGAGGCGUGA